UGCGAUGACUUAAUCGGUGGAUCGGAGGCAGGAGACACCUAUCCAGAUCGAAACUUACUUAAACUCCAGCUUCUCCCUCCAAGAUAUUAGGAUCCUGUUUUUCAAUUGCCAUUGCACUUUCUUUCUAUCUUCGAAAAACAGCUUCGGUCAGGUACCAGUCCAUAUCCAUACCUACCCCUCAUCAACAAGACUCUCCAAGUAUCUUGACCUACCCCUCCAUCCGUCAAAAUGGGUGACAACGCUAUGGUCAAUGGCGUCUUCGCGACGAACAACACCACGGCUCCCACCGUCGAGCGUGUCCUUCCUCUCUUCUCGCUGAAGGGGAAGACCGCCAUUGUCUCCGGUGCUGGCGCCGGUAUCGGGCUAGCUGUCGCGCAGGGUUACGCUGAGGCUGGCGCAAACGUUGCGAUCUGGUACAACAGCAACAAGAAGGCCAUUGAGCGUGCCGCCGACAUCGAGAAGACGUACGGCGUCAAGUGCAAGGCCUACCAAGUCAACGUCACCGACGCCGAGGCCGUCGAGAAGAUCGUCAUUGAGAUCGUCAAGGAGUUCAAUGGCCGUCUCGACAUCUUCGUCGCCAACUCGGGGAUCCCCUGGACCCAGGGUGCCAUGAUCACUGGCGAGCUCUCCCACUACCACAAGGUGGUCUCGACCGAUCUGGACGGAACCUUCUUCUGCGCUCGCGCGGUCGGCAAGAUCUGGCGCCGCCAGAAGCUCGAGGGUAUCGAUAUCAAUGGCAACAAGCUCGAGAACUUCACCUACGGGAGCUUCAUUGCUACCGCUAGCAUGAGCGGUCACAUUGUCAACAUUCCUCAGUUGCAAGGCGCUUACAACGCUGCCAAGGCUGGUGUUAUCCAUCUUUGCCGCUCGCUCUCCGUCGAGUGGGUCCAGUUCGCUCGCGCCAACAGCGUUUCUCCUGGCUAUAUGGCCACUGAGAUCUCAGACUUCGUUCCCCAGGAGACCAAAAAUAUCUGGAAGAGCAAGAUCCCUAUGGGACGCGAGGGCGAGGCCCAUGAGCUCAAGGGAGCGUACCUCUACUUCGCAUCCGACGCCUCGACUUACACCACCGGUGCCGACCUUAUCGUCGAUGGAGGAUACUGCGUUCCGUAAAUGUGGUACUGCAGUAGUUUGACUCCUUAUUUCUUGCGUAUGGCUUAUGGUUUAGCCGGGAACUGGACACCCAUAGAUCUAGAGAUAUUAGCAGCUUCUUCGAUGGAUCAGGAGGAAUUG